ACGUUUCCGUCUCCGGCAGACAUAUUGCUUACCGGAGCAAGUUCUGGAAAGCUAGUAGUGGGCAAGGAUUUGAAACAAAUUUACAUCUUUAAAGCGCGAUUCACUCAAAACACAUAGGACAUCAUGGAGCCAUCAGCCGCCAGUCCGGCCAAGGAUAACUACAGGAUGAAUCGCUACAAGAACAAAGCACUGAAUCCAGAGGAAAUGAGGCGCAGGAGAGAAGAGGAGGGCAUUCAACUCAGGAAGCAGAAACGAGAACAGCAGCUUUUCAAGAGGAGAAACGUGGACAUUCUCAAUGAAGAGGAAGCCACUUUUGAGAGUCCACUGGUGGACUCUUACCUCAGCUCUCCAGUAACGGAAGGAGUUAUUACCAGAGACAUGGUUGAGAUGCUUUUUUCAGAGGAUCCAGAGCUGCAACUCGCCACAACACAAAAGUUCAGAAAACUACUUUCCAAAGAGCCUAACCCUCCAAUUGAUGAAGUUAUAAAUACACCUGGAGUUGUUGAGAGAUUUGUAGAGUUCCUGAAGAAGAGCAUCAACUGCACACUACAGUUUGAAGCCGCCUGGGCUCUGACCAACAUAGCGUCAGGAACGUCCCUCCAGACAAAGACAGUUAUUGAGGCCGGAGCUGUACCAAUCUUCAUUGAACUACUUAACUCGGACUACGAGGACGUGCAAGAACAAGCUGUGUGGGCCUUGGGCAAUAUUGCAGGUGAUAGUGCUGUGUGCAGGGACUACGUGCUGAACUGUAACAUCCUUCCACCUCUAUUAAUGCUUCUGACCAAAUCCACCAGAUUGACAAUGACUAGAAAUGCAGUUUGGGCCCUGUCUAAUCUGUGUAGAGGAAAAAACCCUCCACCUUCUUUUGAAAAGGUCUCACCUUGUUUGCCAGUGCUGUCCAGGCUCUUAUUUAGCAGUGACCCAGACUUGCUGGCAGACGCCUGCUGGGCUCUAUCCUACCUUUCAGAUGGCCCCAAUGACAAGAUCCAGGCUGUCAUUGACUCUGGUGUCUGCAGGCGCCUUGUAGAACUACUCAUGCACACAGACUUUAAGGUGGCCUCUCCUGCCUUAAGAGCUGUGGGGAACAUUGUCACUGGAGAUGACAUCCAAACACAGGUGGUGUUGAACUGCUCAGCCCUGCCCUGCCUGCUACACCUGCUCAGCAGCGCUAAAGAGUCCAUUCGCAAGGAAGCAUGUUGGACCAUCUCAAACAUCACAGCAGGAAACCGAGCACAAAUACAGACCGUAAUCGAUGCCAACAUCUUUCCAGUACUGAUCGACAUUCUACAGAAGGCUGAAUUCAGGACCAGGAAAGAGGCAGCCUGGGCCAUUACCAACGCUACCUCUGGAGGAACACCAGAACAGAUCAGAUAUCUGGUGAACUUGGGCUGCAUUAAGCCUCUGUGUGAUCUGCUGACUGUGAUGGACUCUAAGAUAGUUCAGGUUGCUCUCAACGGACUAGAAAACAUCCUGAGGCUGGGCGAGCAGGAGGCCAAGCAGGAGAACAAUGGCACUGGUGUUAAUCCUUACUGCAGCCUCAUCGAAGAGGCCUACGGUCUUGACAAGAUCGAGUUCCUCCAGAGCCACGACAACCAGGAGAUCUACCAGAAGGCCUUUGACCUAAUUGAGCACUACUUCGGCGUGGAGGAUGAGGACAGCAGUUUAGCUCCUCAGGUGGACCAGGCCAACCAGCAGUUCCUCUUCCCCCAGCAGGAGGCUCCCAUGGAGGGCUUCCAGCUAUAAGUCAGCGACCCUGUUCUCUAAAUUACUUCACCUUUCCCGUCUAGACUUUCCCACAUCACAAAGGGCCCCCAGAAGCCGAAGUCAUUCAACCAUUAUUGCCCCCCCAAACACCACACAGACACACACCUCCUUUAUUCAUUCUUUCCAAGCAGCCGACUGACUUCUCACAGGGUCGUUUUUCCAUUUUCUUUGUUUUCUUUUCUUUUCCUGGUCAAUGUGGGGUUUCACACCAACUCCAUUACACCCAGCAAGGGAGCUGAUCACCUCAUAACCCAAAGUGUGAGCCUGCCCUGGCUUAAAAUACACACACGCAGACAUCUUCCUGCCAUUUGAAAAAUCUCAGAUCCCGUGGCUGGCAGUAACCGCGGUUAACAUCUCUAGACGUUUAUUUUCCAAUGGGACAUUCCUAUUUUCUGGGUUACACACACGCUCCCUUGCAGAGUUCACGGACUGGGGUAAAUCAGGUGAAGUAUGCCCAGUUCUUGAUGUCAGUUUGAUUUUGUGCAAUUCAACAAAAAUAACUUUUUCCCCCCUAUUUAGUUGAAUAAUUCUCCUCCCUUAACCCUUAUUUAUCUACUCUUUUUUUUUUUUUUUUUUUUUUUAAGUUCUUAAUACUUUUUGUUUCUUUUGCUCUAAUUGAAAGUACUUGGUUUCUACCCAGAGGCACCCAGAUUGUUUGGCUUAGGGCUGGUCUGAAUCAGCUGCCCAAUCAAAGAGGUGACUCUUUUGUUUUAUUUUUUUCUCUUUUUUUUAUUUUUAUUGGGACAAUAUUUUUUGGUGGGUGGGGGGGUGAAAAUUAGAGUGAAACUUUAGAAAACAGAAUAUUACAAACUUCGGAAUGGCUCUGAUUGGGAUAUCACUAAACGUAUUGGGUUUUUAGAGGAUUUCUUAAAUCUAUUAUAACAAAAACAAAAAAAAAAUAAUUGAGGUUUCAAGGGUGGAAUAGUUAGAGAUCCAAUGUUCGUUGUGUGCUGUGUUAUUAAUAAUACAUCUGAAUUAUGAAGUGAUCUAACUAUUAAUAAUCAAAGGAAGAGUUGGGAUUGAGGGGAAGAGCCAGCAGCAGUAAACCAAACUUGUCUUUAUAUUUAACGGCAUUCAGCUGAUCGCAGAUGCUUAAAUGAGGUGAAAUACUUCCUGCAUUAAUGGAAAUCUCGAACAGAUUUGUGAUUUGACUGAACCCCAGUGUAAACGGGUUUCUGCUGGGUAACUAAGGCCCUGUGCUCCGCCCCUCCCCAGUUGUUUUCUGGCAGGGUUUUUGCAUGGUGUUAUAUUCUCCUGCCUGCAGUCUCUGGGUAUCCCUGGCCAAACUCAAAGCAGUUGGCACACAGAGAUGGGAACAUUGUGACGUGUUUCUUUGUCACAGCAUUGGGGCUCAAAGCAGGACGUAACGAUAUGCAACGAUUUUUGCUGGUGUGACUAGUGAUAGUGUAGUGACCCUGUUGGUGUUUUGUAUAGUGGUAGAGUUUAUAAAUGACCUAUUCUGUAUCACUAUAUCUUUGAGGAAUGGAAAUGCGAACUCCAAAUGAUUUUGCAUGGGUCAGUUGUGAUGUGUCUGGGUACUGAUGUAAAUAUCCAACCAUGGAAAAUCUGCUGCGUCUGUGUCCCAUCACAGGUCUUAGAUCUGCCAGAGUUUGGUUGGGGAUACAUCUCAGAUGAGCGUUGAGCCUAAGUGCAACAAAAAUUCAAGUAUCGACAAUAUAUUUGAAUUUUGAUGUAUUUGCAUUACAUAUAUUUGCACACACUUCAUGCACACUUGCAUACAACACCAGCAGACACUGUACACACACCUCACACAGAUGAGUGGCUAGUAGCAAGAAAUCGGUUUCCAUUAUCCUCAGCCUCAAAGUUUCACUUUCAAGUUUCUCUGAAGGAUAAAAAUGAUUUUGAGCUACAAAAUGUUACCUUUUGGUUCUGUUAGUUUUUUUCAAUUGAAACAAUGAAAGUCUGUCAGAGGCAGUUAAUGGAAACCUGUUUUUGUUGUUUCUAGCCACAAGACUUUUGGUGGUUUAAAUGAGCCUGAAAAUACCCUGACCGCAGACAGGCGCUGCCUCUGGGAGAGAGGGAGGCCAGUCUCUGGUCAGCGUUGAGGCUUUUUGUGGGUGAAGCAGAACUGUGGUCGUGUGAUGUUUUGACUGACAGGCACUGUGUGAGGGAGAGGUUGAUUGACUCUUUAAAGACUAUGUCCCAAUACGAGUCUGGGAGCCGCUGUUCUGUGGAUUACUGAAGCAGCUCUUUCUCCUCAUGAAAAUGACAACAGAAUUGUUUUUUUUUUGACAAAAUAUUGCAUAAACAAUUUUUUUUUAACCUCUAAAAAGUUCCCUUUAUGUGGAAGAACAUCUGCUGUACACAGGGAUGUCCAUCUGUCUGUUCAGGUAUUCCCUUUUUGACAGAUGAAUAAAUAGCAUCUUUGUGUCAGUUAUCUACAGAACAUGUGCUCCUGGCUGACAUGAGAAGUCACAUCAUGAGUAAUUAACAACAACGUACCUCUACAUAACUGACGUGUAGAGCAGCAUUUAGAGCUGAAUCUUUUAUUUCUUUGCUCUGGCUACAAAUAAUGCCAAAAUUGCAAUAUAUAUAAAAGAAACUAAAAUAAAUAAGGAAUCACUGCAUUAACCGGAAACGCAUAUUUAUAUUUGCUGAAGAAUGAAAAUGCACUCCUGCUCACUAAAGUGCCAAUCCGACCAACAAAGACUGGAGGUUCGUAUGUUUCUGUCUGUGACUUAUAGAUAAUUUCUUUAUAUCUUUAUUUACUUGAAUGUGCACAUGUUCUGUGCAAAACAUUGCUGCUCUAUUUUCCUUAUCUUUAAAGUUACAUUAGUUGCCAUUGUUUCUUAGGGAAAGUGGCAUUCUUUACUGGGGCACCUAAAUGAUAUUUAAUUGUCUAGAAGGGGGGGACCCUGUAAAAUUGGUCUUUCCAGCCUACUUUGAUUGAUGUGAUGGUCCCUGCUCUGAGUCUUCUAAUGGUUUCACUGUGCGUAGCUAAGCUGCAAAUGUUUGGAUUAAAAGACGUGUUUUCAUGCUGUAGAGAAAUUGGUGUUACUUUUUUUCUUUUUUUAAGGUCAAGGCCUGCAUUCAGUCACUCUGUGCUAAAAAAAAAAAAACAAAAACAGUCUAUACUGAAAUGAACAUUGCAGCUUGUAAAAUGUGGCACAUGAUGAAAGGUUGGGCAACUAGCAGACAAUUGCAGGUGUCAGCCUUAUGCUUUGUUAGUUUACCAAACGUUUGUCAUCCUGAAGGCUGGUUGAAAUGAUUUACAUCAGCUUUCGUUCUUUGGUCGAUGUAACCGGAGCGUGUUGAUAUAAAAAUUACUUCAAACUUUUUUCUUUUUUUUUUCUUAUCUUGCUUUUCAAUCCUUUCCCUCUGUGGGAGAAAAGGUUUCUUUUCUUUCACAUUCAAGUUCUGUAAACCUGCAAAAUAAUCCAGAAGACUGCAAUAAAUAUUGUUAAAAAUCAAUUCCCCUUCUCCGGGGUGGGGGUAAAGAUCCACCUACUGCUCUCAAAGGUGACUCUCAUUCCACUGGGUGGAGCAAUCGGAGGCAACCGCUAGACAUUUUUCUAAGUUUAAAAUCUGGGAUUCAGAAAUAGUGCAGUUAUUUACAUUAAAAAGUAUUAUAAUUUAAACUAUAUGUAUGUUCUGAUACAUUGAUAGGGAUACAGAUGCAAUUCUAAUCACUUCUGAGAAGUGGAGAAAAAAAAAGCCUCAAACUUGUCAGAAAAAAACUUAAAAAAAAAAAAAAAAAAAAAAACCUAAAAAAAAAAGAAAUAAAAUGGGUGGUGAGAAUACAAGCCUUUUCUGCUAUGCUUGAUCUUUUUCCUGAUCAGGAUACUCUAGGCUAUAUUUUUGGAUAAUGGUGUUUAGAGUACGAGUUUGUCCUAGUCAGGCUGCUUGAUCAGGAACCUUGUAGUCUACAUGGGAGUGAACAGACAUCUCAAAAUAUCUCAAAUCUGACUUGUCUUCCGUCCUAGACGCUUGUUGGUGUCUUUAUCAAAACCUAAAGCCACUCUUGGCUCAGUCAAGUAAUGUCUACGCUACAGAUGUUUACAGAUGCUACUUGUUUGUAAAAUAUUUUCAUAUGCCAUCAUUGACCAGUCCUGAUAUGUUUUCUGCUCUGGUCCUCUCAUUUCUCUUACUCGUAUUUAUUUUCUCUUUUAUUGUUUAAUUUUUUUUUUUCUUUCAUUUGUUCCAAAUUGCCCAUCUUAUACUGUGACUCGACUUGACUUUACCGACGGUAUGAAUGCGUGACGAGAAACUUAUACACUUAAACUGAACAUGACACACAAACAUAAACAUGAAAGAAAACUGCAUACAAGAAACUGCAACAAUAUAAAAAAAAAGAAUAAAGAAAAUAUAUUGAAUUUAAAUUGUUCAGAGGAAAUACUGUACAAAACAAAUAAAGUUAUGUUUCAACCCUUU